AUGACAUUGCUGAAUUGCAACUUAGAGCAGGGAGGAGUCCCCGACAUCGACCCUAAUAUCCCGGGAGUCCUCGACAACGUGGCCUCUUCGGGCAACCAACGUUUAAGAAGACUGACACCGAAUCCGUCUCGCGGCCAGUCUCGAUUGCCAAAAACCCUGUUCGACAUGGCUCCCUGGAAGUCAUUUCCGUCAAAACGUCACUACGCUCUGACGGAGGAACAACGUCGAAUGUAUGCCUCGGAGAAACUGGAAAACUUCAGAUGGAUAUCUAAACUCGUUGCGACGUAUUCGUCAUAUAUCCUCACGGAUUCUAAUCUCGCUUCUGACAAUCUGUACCAGGAACUCGCAGAGCUAGGCAAGCAACCCCCGUUUCAUUCUCUCCGAUUCCACGUGCAUCAUAACGGGCUCACCGACUGUUUUUCCGUAGGCCAGUUCGCGGAAAUGGCAUACAGCGCCGUUCCCAUUCACCUGCUUCUCGAGCAUUACGAGACGCUGAGUCAACCAGGCUACCCGCUGGAGAACUACGAUGCCGUCCGUGAUGCUAUCUUGAUAGAUGCGUUCCGAGGAACAUCCGCCGACUUACCUGCGUACGUCGCGUAUCGCCCGGAUACGAGUCAACUUAUCGUGUCAAUCUCUGGCACCUCGUCCGUGAAGCAUGCCCUUCAGGACUUGCGUGCCAUACGCCGCACCCAUCCGUCAGGAAAAGGUGCCGUUCACAGCGGAUUCUGGGUGCUCUAUCAAGGAAUCAAGACGGAGUUGAUGAUCGGCAUUCGCAAAGGACUGGCAGAACACCCUGCGACGGAGCUAAUAUUAACGGGCCACAGUAUGGGCGGGAGCAUCUCGUACUUGCUCUGCCUAGACUUACUCACUUCUGAUGAUAUAUUGCGACCUAAUUUAAAACUAAAGAUAGCGGCAUUCGGUGCGCCUCGUACUGGGGACGCUGCUUUGGUUACUUUUUUCCGGGAACUCGUGGGCUCAUUUAGACAACGAUUCGGAGGGGACGCUUUCAAGGAAUAUUCGGUGAAAGGGUAUAAUGACGGUGUUCCUGCCCUUCCGCCAGCGUUUCUAGGCUAUCGCCAUUUUUGCGCGCAGCCUAUUUUCACAGUCUGUGGGAAGCUAUAUCAAACGCCUGCCACAGAGUCCGAGCAUGCCUUGUUCCAUGUUCACUCGGAUGGUAUCGAUGAGGGACAAGAAUAUUUAUUCCCGAAAGGCGGUCACAAUUACUACAACGGCCGCGAUCUGGAAAGAUUUACCCGUCGUAUUAAUUGGCUCGACAAGUCGAACCCAUCGGAGCAUGGCUGGGAAGCGCGGUACCUAGACAUCUCUGUACAGAGGAAUGAGAUGACCCCUGCCGGAGCGAACGCACCGAACAUCCAACGAUAG